UCUUAAAGAGUCUCGUUUUUGUUCUCUUUAUUUUUUUUUUCUCUUUAUUUUUUUUCUCUUUUUCCUCUUUUCUGAGUGAAUUUCCAAUCAAACAAAAGUGCUGGGUUGCCUGUGGUUCAAGGGUGCUAUCAUGGAAGCGAGGCUUUGUCUCAAUGUUGCUUGGAGACGAGUUUUCGUGAAAGAUCGGGCUACUAGAAAACAAAAUGGCGACUGCUACACAGUUACCGCCAAUUCCUGUAGUAAAUAAUGUUAUAACCGACGAAGAAGUGCUAUUCAAUACGACGGAAAGCAAGAAUAUGCAGACAUUGAAACACAUCCCUGUUAGUGUGGCGAAAACUCAUAAACUGAUAUGUGAUAAACACUCGAGAGGUCUUGCUGAACGCCAUGCCAGGGCAGUUCACAGACUAACAAAACACUUCAAUCGUGGUUUUCUCAUGAAGGAUCUAAAUAUGAUAUCUGAUAUCUUCACUGCCUGCACCCAAAGACUCCAAAGUGAACCGCUGUAUGAAAAAGCAUUAUGUCAGCUCAUAAAGAUUUGUGGGUUUCCUUUUCUGAAAGAAAAGUCUUCAGAUGAAGCGUUGUAUGCUGAGGCCAUCAUUAGUCUGCUAACUGAAAUGGGUGAGGCAAUGAAGAUAAAUAACAAGACCAUCCAACUUGAGCUGGCUAACGCGUUAACGAGACUCUACUGCAGCUCCACUCCACAGCACAUGAUUAAUGAUUGCCAAGUACCCAAUCCUCAGUUUAUCAAAAGUCAGAUUGAGAAGAGUGGAAUUGCCAGAUCCCUUGUCGAGUGUCUAGAGUUUUUACAAGACCUGGAGACCCGACUAGAGGUCAUGAGAGUCCUACAGCAUUACUCAUGCUCAGCAUUGAACUGUGAUGACAUGUUGUCUGUCAGUUGUGCAGGGCUAAUCUGUAGCUCUCUUAAUUUACCGGACCCUUCUGGAAGACUUGUCUUUUUGUCUGUGGAGAUCUUGUGGAACUUACUUGAGCAAGGAUCAAAACAAGUGGUCUCAGAUCAACUUAACUGUAAGGAAUGUAUCGGGGCUUUAAAAGAUGGUUUCCUCAAACAAAUCAAAGAGGGUUAUAGCCAUGCUGACCGUCAACUCAGAAAUGACUUGUUAGUCAUCUCGUCUCUUGUUGCAUCUUGUUGCGCUGACGCCCCCUUUGUGGAAACUGGUUUCACUAAAGUCCUGGUGCUCUUUGCUACUUUUACGGAAGUAAAAAGCCACAACCCUCUAGUGAGGAACUUCAAACUGUACCAAAACCAUGAAGAUUUUGAAUUGAAGAAGCUGUUGAUGAACACGUUAAUCUUGCUGAGUCACGACUGCACUGCCAGUCAGAUCAUGUCAGAAGGCCGAGUUCUCUUGUCUUUGUUAGAGUAUGUCAAACCUAACGACAACCUCUCAUCCCCUGACUGGUCUCCUGCUCAGUUUGAAGAACUUCAGCUACAGGCCCUGGACACUCUAUGUACAAUUGGUCCUUUGUGCAUAGAGGACUACAUGACAUGUCAGGGAAAUACUCGACUGUUGAUGCUUCUGGAGUGGUGUGUAGGACAAGCGGACUAUGGUGGUCAUGGCAACAGUUACCAUGGUAGCGGAGGCCGUGGUAACAAGCGAGCCCAGAUGCGUUUUGUGUUGCGGCUGUUGCGGAGUAUGGUGUCCGUGGGUGACGAGGGUGUGAACCAAGACUGCAUUGACCAAGGCGCUAUUCAUCAGUUGGUUGGUAUCUUGUUGAAUGCCAGCACCAGUCCUGAUGACAACGAUGUGAUUGAUAUUGAAAUGCAGUGCGACAUGCUGAUCAUCGUAUCCACCCUUUGUGAGGGUGAUAUACACCGCAAGGAGUUAUUUGGCGUUAGUGGUGUCCAGGUAGUAAUUGAAUACCUCAAGAAAGACCCAAGCAAAAUCAAUAGUCCUCUCGGUCAUCACAAGCUGUUACUGGCCACUGUGGAUUGUAUUUGGUCUGCCGUUCUAGGCUCCUUUAUCACAGAGCAAGUGUUCUUGGAAAGUGAAGGGAUUUUCUAUCUUCUUGACUUGCUGGAGGUUUGCCCCAGUACCAUGCAACACCUUGUGCUAGGUUGUCUUGUAGACCUGUGUGAAAACCAGAAGGUGUUGCCGCAUGUGUUGGCAUGGCGAGGAAAACAGGAGAUAACAGUUUCCAAAUUGCUUGUGAAUCUGUGGAAGAAAGAGGAGGCUUCCAUGGGGGUUUUGCGUGACAGCACAGGAGCUAUUGCAGACCCAAAGAAACCGCUAGAAGGUCGUUUGCAGGAGCGUCAGGGAGUAAUCCCACUUCCAGCUGACAGGCCAAGUCAAUCUAUUGUUGACGUGUCUGAGAACAUGCGCGCCAAGAUUUUCUCCAUGUUCUGCAAGAUUGGGUUCAACGCGCUUCCUGGUCUGUCCACUGCGGAUUACGUCACCAUUGCUCUUAUCGAAAAGUACUUGGAUUUUAAGAUGGGUGAGGUUUGGCAAGAAAUCAAAGUGGAGUUGGAGCAGGAAAAUAUUCGACCUGUUACACCUGAUGCUGAGUGCCUUAAUGAGAUAACCAAACUACUGGAUGAAAGAGCCAAUGAUGUUGCAGCAGCCCAGGUACAGUUAAUGCAAACCCAGAAAAACCAAGACCUCAUUGAAGAAGAGGAACAAUACGAAAUGAUCAAGGAAAAUCAUCGGCAAGAGGAAAAGGCAUACCGCGAUUUUUGUGAUUUCGUGACAAGAACGUCAGAUUAUACAGUUCUAAAGGAUACGAAGCAGAAGCAGUUGCAUACCAUCGAUGCAUCACGGCUACCAGGCCGUGUCCCCUCGGGGGAGCUGGAUCAUAUGACUCUUCAAGAAAACUUGCAGGCCACGACGUUCUGCGGUCGAAGCAUCGAGAUCGCAAGCACACCGCUAGAAAUCACCAAGUCUGCCCUCCCGUCCGCAGGAGAUGACGAUAGGAGUAGAUUCCUUCUGGUGCAAUAAAAAGCCAAGUCUUCAAAGUAUUUGUAAAUAAACCGAGCCCGUUUGUAAAUAGUACACAUGUGUGUGGCCUUGUAGAUAUCACAAUAAACUAGAAACAGAUA